AUGAGCCAAGUGGUUACUAGAAUGAGAGGGACACCUGGAUACUUAGCUCCUGAAUGGUUGACAUCACAAAUCACAGAGAAGGCUGACGUUUAUAGCUUUGGCAUUGUGGUCAUGGAAAUCAUCAGUGGAAGAAAGAACCUCGACACUUCCCGGUCUGAAGAGAGCAUCCAUCUUAUUACUCUACUGGAAGAAAAGGUGAAGAACGGUUACUUGGUAGACUUGAUUGACAAGAGCAGUAACGACAUGCAAGCACAUGAGCAAGACAUAAUUCAGAUGAUGAAGCUCGCCAUGUGGUGUUUGCAGAUUGACUUCCAAAGAAGGCCUAAAAUGUCAGAGGUAGUCAAAGUCUUGGAAGGUAGCAUGGAUGCUAAGAGCAAUAUAGAUCAUAACUUUGUUGCAACAAAUGAAGCAAAUUUCUAUAUUGCUGGAAAUGUGAAAUCCUCUGCUCCACCUGUAGCCUCAGAUCUAUCAGGUCCCAGGUGA